AUGAGUGACGAAGCGGGCUUUCGCUGCAAAAAAUGUCGGCGCACUUUGUUCAGCAGCAGCCACAUGGUUUCAGCCCACGGUGAUCCGUGGUCGGGUCAUGUGGCCUUUUCAUGCCCACUCAACAAGAUCGACACGGUCUGGUAUGUCCGAGACGAAAACCUUCCCGACUGGCUCUCGGAGCAGCUGGACAACGGUGAAUGGGUCAAAGGAAAGCUCUACUGCCCUGAGUGCAAUGCUCGGCUGGGAUCCUUUGACUUUGUGACGGGUGCAAAGUGUGAUUGCGAAGAGUUUGUGCUGCCUCCAAUACACAUAUCCAAGAGUCGGAUAGACUGUGAUCAAACACACAAAAUGGCAUCAAUCCUUCAGCACAUCGUGAAACCACCAAUUACGCAGUCAGUUACCAACUCCAGUGAACUGAGUGCAAGCUGA